AUGGCUACAAAAUUGGCUCAUGUGGUCAUGGCCUUUGUCGUCUUUCACUCAACUUCCCGAGCCUUUACCAAAGCUUCAACAUCAUCCAGUCUCGCAACUCUUGCAACUCUCGCAAUGGCAUCUCCAAUUGUCAAAAUAAGCUUCACCGAAGCAACCCAGAAGCGCCGCACUAUUCGAGCUCUCGAAUCAAAGACGACGGUCCCCGACAGCACCGUUGUCAAGCUGGCCGAGGCCGCCCUCUUGACCGUCCCAUCGGCCUUUGACAAUCAGUCGGUCCGACUGACGGUUUUAUUUGGAAAUGACCAUAAACAACUCUGGUCUAUAACCGCUGGCGCGCUACUGGCGAGAAUUGGCGAGGAACGCUGGAAUGAAGGCACCAAGGACCGCAUCGCCAACUUUGCCGGCGCCUACGGUACCAUCCUGUUCUGGGACGACCAAAAGUGCGCGGCCGCGAUGAAGGAGCAUGCCCCGGAAAUUUACAAGGACAAGACGGACGAAUGGGUGCAGCAGAGCAAUGGCAUGCACCAGUACUACCUAUGGACCGCCCUUGAGGCCCUCGGACUAGGAGUCAACCUGCAGCACUACAACCCCCUCAUUGACGCCGAGGUGCAGAAUAUGUGGAGUGUUCCAUCGGACUGGAAACUGAAGGCACAAAUGGUGUUUGGGGUUCCCAAGGAUGGCAGCACGCCGGGAGAGAAGCUACAGAAGCUCCCCUUGGAGCAGAGGCUGCAGGUGUUCGGAGGUAAAGCGUGA